UUUAAUUUAAUUUAAUAUAACAUUAUAAUUAUAUUAAUAAUAAAAGUGUGUAGUAUUUAAUACGAGCUAAAUAUCAUUGAUCAAUUACAAAAUAGUGAUUGUAUAUCUACUGUUGCUACUCAUAAAUCGAGUGUUGUAAAGCUCCUAGUUAAUUAUUCAAUAUCAACUAACAUGCAAGUGAAACUAUUGAUAAGUUUAAUACGCUAAUGUAAUAUAAUGCGGAUUACGAUUUCAAUCUAUUUAGUUGAAACUUUUACCGCGAAGAAACAUAAUCAUGAAGUUGUUCUGCCCUUCUAAUAUUUACCAAGAAUCUUGGUUAUUGUUGAGUAUAACGAAAUUAUUAGGUUUAUAUCCUAUCAAAUUUUUCAGAAUUGCAUUUCCAAAUUAUUUAUAUGUAUCUAUACUAGUGGCGCUUUAUUGGUUUUGUCAUUGGCAGUUUUUAUAUUAUAUAUUUGACAUGUUUGAUAAAUUUCGUUCUAUAAAUGACACGUUUUUACUUAGAUAUGUUCGAGUUUACUUAAAUGUACUUUCGUAUCCUAUAAUAAUAAUUUCAAGUAUGUACAAAUGCUCAAAAGUAAAAGAAGCAUUCGAACAGUUAGAUACCGUUGAUGAAAGCGCAAAGUUCUUAAAUAUAGAGAUCGAUCAUUCUUUAUGUAUGAAAAAUGAUAUUGUUAGAAUAACUACUGCGAUAUUUGUAGUACUAACUUGUAAUUUAAUGGAUUACUAUGGAUUAUUGGAUAACGAUUCAAGCUUUAUAUAUCUUCUUAUAUGGGUAAUUGAUAGAUUACCCGAUUUUGUUUGCGUAAUAGUAAUAUGUUCUUUUACUGUAUUUAUGUAUAAAAUUGAGAUUAGAUUUAUACAAAUAAAUACGAUAUUAAAUAUUAUUACAAAAGGAAAACAUUUCAUUUCUAUCUCUGAGAUGUCCGAUAUGAACAAUGUUUCCAGAUAUAGAUUAUUAAAAUGGCUUCGAUUCGAAUUACACAAAACAAUGUCACUUUUAAAUGAAGCAUAUAGUUUUCGAUUCAAACUCAUGACAAUAAUAUACAUUGGAUAUAUAUGUCUACAUGUGUGUAUCAUCUAUAACCAUACUUUUAACACAUUUUAUGCACCUGAUGUGAUACUGAGUUUUACAUGGAGCACCAUUGAUUUAAUCAAACUUGUCUACUUAAUUCAUAUAUAUGGCAAUCUAACGCUAGAGGUAAUUUAAAAAUAUUAUUGUUCAUAUAAGUUAAUUACAUUUCCUUGUUAUAUUUUGAUUUUUCAGCAUAAUUAAAGGAAUAAAUAAAUAAAAAUAUGUAUUAAACUUUAUCCUCAAAUAAAUUUCAAAUAUUUUAUAAGAAUAGUAAUCUUAACAAUUUUUUAAAUUCAUGCGCUUGUAUAGAUACCAACUGAUUAACAAUAAAGUUACAAAGCACACCAUCUUUUAUUAAAGAAGUGGAAAUAUUCAACCAGUUACUCGUCGUUCACCGCUUAUUCAACUAUUUCAGUAAUUCUAUUAUAAUAAUAAAUACAUGGUGGAACAAAAUAUAUUCGUAUUUUUACUUAAAUGUCCUCUUUACAAUGUUCUAAUUUUUUAUUAUGACGUGUCUCGUCAGCGUGCAUUAAGCGCAUGCGCAAUGCCACCUUACGUGGCAUCGGCAGCAGUCACUAUUGCAGCGAAAUAUAUUUUCUUCAUUUAGUGUAAACAUUUGUGGAAAUAUUAACUUUUGUUAUGGUUCAAGUACGUUUAAUGA